GGGUAAAACUGCAGAGGGAAGUUUAUUAUUUAGCCGUCAAUAUACAGAGAAUUGCGUUUAUUUACUAAUCAGCUGAGGGUCAGUUCACUGAACGCUGAAGCGCAUACUCGUGUCUUGCCUGUAGCCUACGCCUGCUAAAAAAGACUCGCAAAAAUAAUAUGAUCAGGAUCACUUCUUAAGUGCAGACGACUGUCGCAGAAUGACACAAUGGGAAAGUUUGCAGCAGCUGGAUACAGCGUAUCGGCAGAAGGUUUUUGAUUUGUACAGUAGAGAUGUAUUAUCUAUGGAUGUUAGAUAUUAUCUGGCACAUUGGAUCGAGGACCAGGACUGGGAGCGUGCCUCUCGGGACUCUUCCCAAGCAGUGCUCUUGUAUCAGGUGUUUCUGGAAAAUCUCGAUAACCAGUUCAGUCGUUUUGCGCAUGAGAGAGAGUUUUUCCUUCUGCAACAUAAAUUCCGACAAUACAAACAAAACUUUCAGAAGUAUCAAGAGGAGCCCUGUAUUCUAGCUACUAGUAUUCACUGGUACUUAGUUAAGGAGAAAGAAAUCCUAAAUGAAGCAGAGCUUGCACAACAAGUAAAGAUGUUGCAGGUUCAGCCAGCUGCAAUGGAGUUGGAAAGCCAGAGACAAUUAGAAAAUAGUUUAAAUGCUAUCAAGACCAAAGUAGAGCAGGUGAUGGAACACAGCAUAAGGUGUUUGGAGGAGCACCAGGAUGAGAUUGACUUCAAAUUUCAGACACACCAGAUGGAAGGUGGAGUUUGCUCAGAAGAAGAGAAGAAGCAGCAAACAGAAGAGAUUCAGAAGAUGCUCAACGCACUCAAUAGGUCUAGAAAGACCUUCCUGUCUUAUAUGUCGACUAUGUUGGACUCUGCUGAUUCUUUGUGCUCUGUACUCGUUGACGAGGAACUUGUGGACUGGAAGCGGAGACAGCAGAAGUCCUGCAUUGGCGCUCCAGAUGAUACAAGUCUGGAACAAUUAGAGAAAAGGUUUACUCUGAUGGUGGACUGUGUUUUCCAGCUGCGGAAGUUCUUACAGAAGCUUGAUGAGCUGGUAGGGAAGAUGACCUACACAAAUGACCCCAUUCCAGUUCAAAUGUCCCCUUUAAAGAAUAGAGUGGACACUCUACUGACCCACCUGCUGAAGAGUGCAUUCGUAGUGGAAACUCAGCCAACCAUGCCAAAAUGUCAAGGCCCACUGGUGUUGCGCACAAGUGCAAAGUUCUCAGUCAAAGUCAGAUUCUUGUAUAAAGUUCCUGAGCUUAACCAUGUUGUGAAGGUGACUGUCUCCAUUGACAAGGCUGCUCCUCAAGUAAAAGGGGUUCGGAAGUUUAAUUUGCUGGGUACAACGAGCAAAGCCCUUAACAUGGUUGAGAGUAAGAAUGGGGGUAUGGUUGCCGAUUUCAGACAUUUGACUUUGAAAGACCAGAAAGUUGGUGGUGGAGGAAAAGGAAUCAAUGAGCUCUCAUUGAGUGUGACUGAAGAACUACACAAAGUAAACUUUGAAGCACAGUUUGACUAUCAAGGCCUCUCUGUCUCUUUGGAGACCUCUUCUCUUCCCAUUGUGGUGAUUUCGAAUUUAAGUCAGCAGCAGAGUGCCUGGGCAUCUGUUCUGUGGUUCAACAUGCUCUGUUCAGAUUCUAAGAACAUACCAUUUUUUGAGAGCUCUCCUGUUGCCACCUGGCCGCAGUUUGAGGAAAUGCUGAGUUGUCAGUUUCUCUCCUGUGGAAAACGGGGUCUUGACAACGAUCAGUUGGAGACCCUCGCCAUCAAACUCUUUGGUAAACAACAGCAUUAUGACAACUGUAAGAUAUCCUGGGCCAGAUUCAGUAAGGAUAAUAUCCCUGGUACAACCUUCACCCUGUGGGAGUGGCUGGAUGGUAUUCUCAACCUGGUUAAAAUGUACCUGUCAGAUCUGUGGUGUGAUGGAUCUAUAAUGGGUUUUGUGAGCAAAGGAAUGGAGAAGAAAUUAUUGAAGAAGAAACAGAAUGGCACUUUCUUGUUGCGUUUCAGCGAGAGUAUCAGAGAUGGUGGAAUUACGUUUAGCUGGGUGCAGUAUUCUAACGAUGGCAAACCGAUUGUUCGAACAGUGCAGCCAUUUACCAGUGCAGACCUGAAGCAGAUUGCUUUGCCUGAGAUUGUCUGCAAUUAUCAGAUCAUGAAAGCAGCAAAUGUUCCAGUUAACCCACUGUGUUACCUUUACCCAAACACACCUAAAGACCAGGCGUUUGGCAAGUACAUCAGAGAAAACACUGGCGAGGAGAAUCCUUACUUGAUAUACCUCAAAACCAAGUUGGUUUUUGUCUCAAAAAAAGAGAACGGAUGUACAAGCAUCAGAGAGGGGCCAGAUUCUGACCUGUGUACUCAGUACAGAGAAGAAAGUUAUUUGGAUUUGGAACCACUUGAGGAACCUCCUGCUUCUGAGGUGGAAAAUGAUGUCAUGCUCUAUGGGCCUGAGAAUUCACCCAUGCUGUCCAGCUCUACCAUUGAUGCUGACUUGCUUAACAUCAAUGUAGAGGAUGAUUCCAGUGAUUUUUUACAAGCAUUCACAGAAACCGUUUCCAGCGUUUCAUCACCAUGCUUCCAAGACACUUUUCCCGAGCCUUGUGUGAACGACCUCUUUCUGGAAGCAUUCUCUCCAUUGCAAGAGUUUCUAAGUGAUCCAAACAUUCUGAAUGGAAUGAACCCUUCUUUCCUGCAGGAGGAGCUAGAGCCCUCCAUCCUUGAUCAUGGUCUUCUUGAUUAUGGUAUCCCUAUUAGCAUUCCACUGACACCCUGAUUUUGACCUUUUUUUAAACUCAAAUCCAUUACCUAAUUGAACUCUUUGUCUCACAAACACAUUUUCCUUCCUAAAGCUUUCAUCUUGCAGACUUAAGUUGCAUCAUUGCAAGCUGUUUUCCGUAGAUCUGGUUCAGUAUUAGAGAUGCAAAAUGCUUAUUACAGCUCAGAACUUCAUUUGCAAUAUUAAUUUCAUGAUUAAACCAUCCAUGUAUAUAUCUGUCUUUCUGUUCAUCCAUGUAUCUGUUACUGGGAUCUAUUCUCUGUUUUAAUAGAAGAAAGCCUAUGAUCAUGCGCAUCCAAGUCAAAAAACAAAGCCUGCACUCUAGAAUGAGGUCGUAAGCUGCUAGUAAAUGUUUGUCCCGUGAAAAAGAAGAUGAAUGGAACGAGGGGACAUGUUUUAUUGAAAGUAAUUCAAAAUAUAUAAUAUAACACCUUUGUCUUUGGAGAAUAGUACAUGGACAUUUUGAGUUAUAUUGAAUGUGUUUGUGAAAAUACAAACCCUUCUAUUUGAUCUAAGCAUUGAUUGGCAUUUUUAAAAGUCAAAAGAGUAGUUUGUCCUCUUCUAUUCUUAAAAAAACUGGAGAGAUAUUAAUAAAGAUAUAUAAUUGAAUUGUUA